AUGACUACAAUAUCUGUAUAUGUGCCGGAGGCCUCUCUGCUCUGUUCCUUGUCCAGCUUCACAUUAAGGCCGCGGAACUCCUGUCCGACCAGCAUGCGUAUCACGUACAUUCCAGAUAGGUUCAUUAGCUCCGAUGAAUGGCUGUAUGGCAAUCCAGUUGACUCCAUGGGCAACAAACUCCUGAUGGACCUGCCGGUGAACUACAGACCCCCAUCCCAGCUCGGAAUAGCCAUCCCAGUUUCUGAUAACAUUUACAAUGCUGACCCAAGCAAGCCACGGCCUAGACAAUAUUACCAGAUCUCUAAGAAUACUGGAACAUACAAGCAAUGUGCUGGAAAAUCGUCUCAAGCAGAAUGUGGCUGUACAGAGGAGAUGAGGCUUUCACUGUUAGCUGCACAUUCGGAUUGCAGGAAAAGGGUUUUAAGGUUUUUGUAUCCCGUCAACAAUUUUAACAUCACCUUGUUUCUAACAAGACCUGGGCAUGACAACCAGCUCCUGAAGGCUCCUCAGUUUGUCACUGUAACUGAAGUUAACAACAGAACUAACUGGCGAAUCACAGGACUAAACAGCAAGGUGUAA